UACUUGUAUUCUCACCAUGGAGGUGAGUAUUGGGCUAUGUUUAUUGACAGGGUUCUAAGACUCAAUCGCAUGAUAUUGGAGCCAUUCGAUUUAGAAACGGUGUUAGUGCACCUUCGAGUCCCAAUAAUCCAACACCUCAUUAGUGCUAUUUCCGGCUCUAUCCAGAUCUGCUGGGUUUUUCUGGUGACUAAUAUAAAUAGUACUUCGAUGUGUUAACAGAACACUACCAAUACAUGUGCGUAAACCGAUCCCGGUUACCCUUUUCAGAUAACUGUAGUAUCAACUUUUAACCAUAAAUCAUAUCACUUGUGAUCCCAGUCGG